AUGACGAUCCCAAGCUCCUCAGGAGUCCCUAGGUUUCUACUCGAACCUUCCUUUGCUAGCAUCAAGCAAGCUCUCCCUGUAGUUACUACAGCAUCUCUAGUUCUUAUCUCUUUUCUUAUUUUCUUCGCCGUUUGGGCUCCAAAAUCAGAAUAUCCUCUCGCCAAUGCUCCCACUUGGUUCGAAACUACGGGAUCUAAGCGCAAGAAAUUCAUGAAAGAUGGCGUCAAAAUCUUCAAUGAUGCUCUCAAGCGAUACGGCAAGAAGCCCUUCAAGCUCAUCACUAAUUCGGGCGUGACCACUGUCUUUCCACCUGAAUACGCAAACAUAAUGCGUAGUGAGCGUCACUUGGUAUUUGGUAAAGCGGUCGCACAUGACUUCGGAGCUCAGAUCCCUGGUUUAGAGCCAUUUCUUGUCUUGGAUCAUCCAAGGAGAGUCGUACAGGUAGUGGCCAAAAAGCAGCUUACCAAGCAGUUGAAAUGGAACGAAGCUAACAUCAAAGAACAAAUGCUCGCAAUGGUCUCUCGCCUAUCAAGUCGGGUUUUUCUGGGUGAGGAGCUAUGCCGAAACGAGGCCUGGCUUCGAGCCUCUGGAAAUUACACUGUGUCUAGUUUUAAAUACGGCCAGGCGACCUCUGUUCUGCCUGCAUCACUAAGAAUUAUAAAGUCUUGGUUCUCAAAAGACAUGAAACUCAUCCGACAAUACUUCAACGAAGCAAACGAUAUUUUAGCGCCAAUCCUAGAAAAAAGGAAGCAAGCCAAGUUAGAGGCAGAGAAGAAAGGUGAGCCCGCUCCUAUCUACAACGACAUGCUGGAGUGGCUCGAGAAAGAGGGCGAAACGACGGUAGAUGCCCUUGUUGGGUGCCAGAUGCUUCUCACAAUGGCUGCCAUCCACACCACGUCCGAGUUAAUGACCCAGGCAAUGACGCACUUCGCCAUGAACCCGCAUCUAGUUGCAGACCUACGCAAAGAAAUCAUUGAGCUCAUGGAUAGCGCUCUUAAGGAAACCCAACGAUUAUCCCCAAUCAACUACUUGACCAUGAGAAGAGUCACAGCACAAGACGUCACACUUUCAGAUGGCACAGUGAUCAAAAAGGGAGAAUACACAACGGUAAAUGCCAAAAACAUGGCGAAUCCGCAAAUCUGGUCCGAGCCAGACAAGUACGACAUGUACCGCUACUACCGCAUGCGACAAGACCCUGCUGUCGCUAAUAAAGUCCACUUGGUCACGACUAGCCCCGAUCACAUGGGAUUCGGCCAUGGGGACCAAGCGUGCCCUGGCCGUUUCUUCGUUGCCCACGAGUGCGACUGGGAACUUGCAUCUGAUGCGAACCCGGAACUGAUUCCUGCGUUUGGUGAGAAUAUAUCGUUUGACCCGGCCAACAAGGUAAGAUUUAGGCGCUGCAGGGAAGAGGUGGAUCUCGAGUCUUUGGUUUUCAAAUAA